GCCCUACAGGAUAUAUAAUUCUAACCUAAAUAACUCAGCUUUUAGACCCAUCGUUAUGCCCAAAAAGUAUCUUAUCAAAUCAAUCGAAUCCCCAACUAUUCAAACCGCAGUGUACAGUCGAAUGUAAGUCGUAAUGGCCAAAAGAUGCAAACCGCAUAAACAGGAACACGUGGGGUGUUUCUCCGACGCGUUUUGCCAUCUUCAACUUUCUGUCGCAUCAACACGACGCUUCGAAAUCUACGACUGCUCCAACAUGUCUACUGAAUCGACCGGGUUUCAGAUAAUCUCCGAUCUACAUCUCGAGAUCAACCAACAGUAUUCCUCCUUCGAGAUCCCUGCGUGCGCCAAAUUCCUCAUCCUCGCCGGUGACGUCGGACGCCUCGCAGACUACGACGCGUAUCGCGACUUCAUCCAGCAGCUGACCGCCCGAUUUGAGUUGGUCUUCCUGGUUCUUGGAAACCAUGAAUUCUACAACGGAACCUUCGCAGAAGGGCUGAGAAAAGCCGAAGCCUUGGAACGCGACCCCUCCCUGAACGGACGGCUGGUGGUUCUUCACCGGAGGCAAUUUGAUAUCCCGGGAACUCGAGUCUCGGUUCUAGGAUGUACCCUGUGGUCCGACGUUCCAGACCAGUCGAAGGAUAUUGUCCGGGCGAAAGUCAAGGAUUUUCAGAGAAUUGAAGGUUGGACGGUCGAUGAUCAUAAUGCAAACCACAAAUCUGAUCAUUCUUGGUUGGUGAAGGAGAUAGAGUCAAUCAAACGAGCCAAUGAGGGGAGAUCGCAGAAUGAGACAAGAUUUGUUCUUGUCGUCACUCACCAUGCUCCCUUGACUCGUGGAACGUCGAAGCCUCAGUACGAAGGGAGUCCGUGGAGUUGUGCUUUUGGGACGGAUGUUCUCCCGCAUCUGUCCGCUGGGGUCGAUACAUGGAUGUUUGGACACACGCAUUAUUCCACCGGAUUCCAGGAAGAGGGGGUGAGAGUCGUUAGCAAUCAGCGGGGAUAUGUGCUCCCUUGGCAUAAUUCCACGGAUGCGAGCUCAGGAUUCGACGUGAGGAGGGUUCUCCACAUGUGAGGCCGCAAUCAGCUGGAGCCAUGCUUCUUGCGGAAGUUGUAUACUUCACCCUGCACCUCUCUAGAUAUCUUGU